AUGUCUUCUCAAAACACCGCCCACACCAGCUCCCAGGAAGCCUCGCAGAAAACCUUCAUUGGCCAGCACACUGAGGAGGAUCUGAAGGCGUUCAGCCAGCUCUCACUGGCCAACAAGAUGAACACUGGAAUCACCCACGACCUCGAUGACCCCGACAACGAUAAUGACGGUGUCCCCCACUUGUCUCCAGGCCAGCGCCAUGCUGCUGCGAUCGAUUUCAAUAAUAUGCUGAUGUCAGAGAUGCGGGCGGCUUGUGAGGCAUCCUGGCGGAACGGUGACUUGUCGGAUCAGAUGCGUAUGUUCGCGGACGUUGACGAGGAUGCCUCUAACAGCUCCAUUGAAUCGGCGUAG